ACGUAGGUCCGAGCCGGCUUGAACCAAUCCGGGUCAAAAUUCCAGCAAGGCGUGGAUUCUCUUUCGAUUGCGACGUGAUAGAGUUACCCACGAAACCAUGAUUUGUUCGAGUACAGGUCACAGGUUUCCAGCAUAUAUCGAUCCCCUCUCUGUUCCCAUGGAGUGGCUGCGUUUCGUCUUGCUGUUGUCAACGCUUGUGUAUCAUAUAAAAUGGGGUAUGGGGAGUGGUUCGGGAUCGGAAUUGAGUCGACUGACUCGGGAGUUGUUGGAAUCGGCGAGGGAGGCGGAGUUCUCGGAUUGGUUGAGAAGGGUUCGGAGGAGAAUCCACGAGAACCCGGAGUUGGCGUUUGAGGAGUACGAGACGAGUCAACUUAUUAGAUCGGAGUUGGAGUCGCUGGGGAUCAAGUACUCGUCGCCGGUUGCCAAGACCGGCCUUGUUGCUUCUGUUGGGUCCGGGGUGCACCCCUGGUUUGCUCUUCGGGCUGACAUGGAUGCUCUCCCUAUCCAGGAAUUGGUAGAGUGGGAGUACAAGAGCAAGAACCCUGGCAAAAUGCAUGCUUGCGGCCAUGAUGCUCAUGUAACAAUGCUGCUUGGAGCCGCCAAAUUACUUCAGCAAAGAAGCACUGAAUUAAAGGGCACUGUUAAGCUUGUUUUCCAACCUGGAGAAGAGGGUCAUGCCGGAGCUUUUCAUAUGCUAAAAGAGGGGGCGCUUGAUAAGAUUCAAGCCAUUUUUGGAUUACAUGUUGCACCAGAAUUAGCCACUGGCACAAUUGGUUCGAGACCAGGUCCAAUGCUUGCUGGCUCUGCAAGGUUUUUGGCCACAAUUCGAGGGAAGGGUGGGCAUGCCGCAGCGCCCCAUGCAACUAGAGAUCCAGUUCUUGCAGCAUCACUGGCUAUCAUUUCGCUCCAACAGAUUAUCUCCCGAGAAACGGAUCCUCUAGAGGCCUUGGUGGUCUCUGUUGGGUUCAUUGAGGGUGGCCAAGCAGGAAAUGUAAUCCCAGAGACAGUGAGAUUUGGAGGCACUCUCCGGAGCAUGACUUCAGAAGGUCUAUCCUACCUUAUGCAAAGAAUUAAAGAGGUGAUUGAGAUGCAAGCAGCAGUGCAUCGAUGCACUGGUACAGUAGACUUCAUGGAGGAAAAAUUGAAGCCUUACCCAGCUACUGUCAACGAUGAAGCAAUGUACAAUCAUGGAAAAAGGGUUGGAGAAAGUUUGCUUGGGGAACCCAAUGUCCGCCUUCUUCCUCUGAUUAUGGGAGCGGAGGACUUCAGCUUCUACUCGCAGAAGAUGCCAGCUGCAUUUUUCAUGAUUGGGACAGGAAAUGAAACCCUAAAAUCAGGCGGAGGGUUGCACUCACCGUACUUGGUUAUUGAUGAGGAGGUUCUUCCCAUCGGAGCAGCUCUCCAUGCCGCCGUAGCCAUUUCUUACCUGGAUGGCCAUCUUACCGAGACUCGUUAGGGAUCACCGGCCGGAAUUUGUUGCCUUUCUGGCCAUGGAAAAUCAUAGAGCGCGCAGAAUAUUGUUGUUCUUCAAAUUUUAUCUGGUUCACCAAAGAGAUGAAAAUAAUGCGACUACCUACAAUUCUCAAUGUAAUUAAAUCCCACAAUUUUCUGUCAAUAUUAUAUUUAAUUUGUAAAUAUUGAGGUAAUAUUGUAGAACAUCAUUUUCAUUUCUAUAUAUAGCAUACAAGAACACUACCAGCAUGGCAGCAUUUAUGAAA